AUGAACACCACGUUCAGCCUGCUUUCUUUCCAGCGCCUGGUGGCUAACGACUCCAAAGACCUCAACGGCUCCUUCCUCUUCGCCAACCAGAGCAGCGGUGGGUUCUGCGAGCAGGUCUUCAUUAAGCCCGAAGUCUUCUUGACUUUGGGGAUCGUCAGCCUGCUGGAGAAUAUCCUCGUUAUCCUGGCCGUGUUCAAGAAUGGAAAUCUCCACUCGCCUAUGUACUUCUUCCUCUGUAGCCUGGCGGUGGCGGACAUGUUAGUGAGUGUGUCGAACGCCUUGGAGACGGUCAUGAUCGCCCUCCUUUCCGGUGACUACUUCGUCUUUGACGAUCGCUUCGUCCAGCACAUGGACAACGUCUUUGACUCGAUGAUCUGUAUUUCUCUGGUGGCCUCCAUUUGCAACCUCUUGGUCAUUGCCAUCGACAGGUACAUCACCAUCUUUUAUGCACUCCGUUAUCACAGUAUCAUGACCGUCAAGAAAGCCAUCACCCUGAUUAUGGCCAUCUGGAUCUCGUGCUUCAUCUGUGGCAUUAUGUUCAUUGUCUACUCUGAGAGCAAGACUGUCAUUGUCUGUCUCAUCACCAUGUUCUUUGCCAUGCUGCUCCUCAUGGCCACUCUCUACGUCCACAUGUUUCUGUUCGCCCGUCUGCACGUGAAGCGAAUCGCAGCCAUGCCCGUGGAUGGGGCGGUACACCAGCACACCUGUCUGAAAGGGGCCGUCACAAUUACCAUCCUCUUGGGCGUAUUCAUAUUCUGCUGGGCACCCUUCUUCCUCCAUCUCAUCCUCAUCAUUACAUGCCCCGCCAAUCCUCACUGCAUCUGCUACACCUCACAUUUCAACACUUACCUGGUCCUGAUCAUGUGCAACUCCGUCAUUGACCCCCUCAUCUAUGCUUUCCGGAGCCUGGAGAUGCGUAAAACGUUUAAGGAGAUAGUUUGUUGCUGUCACGGCAUCAGUUUGGGAUAG